AUGAGUUUUGGGCUGACCUCAACGGUCUCCAGAUCGUUGCUUAACCAUGGCCAGGUGCCGCCAGCGCCCAUUCCUUUGCUAAACACCCUCCGGAGGCCAACUGACGAACCGCCAUCAAAACGCCAACGCGUUGAUCAGCCCUUACCGCGUAAACGUAGCGUCAAAGACUGUCUCCGUGACCAGGUGUAUCCUCUGGUCCAAAAUGCAACUUCGGGCCUCAAGCGCGACGAUUACCAUCUUCAUGCCCUCACGAUCAAGGCAGUCACAGUACUUAGUAUAAGCAAGUUCUUUCGCAGACGAUGGGAUGAAACAUGUGGUUAUCUGAGCGAGACGGAUCUGGGCAUUCUCGGGUCUCAGGCGCGCGAUAUCGUUGCACAGCUUACAGAAGGCUCAGAGUUCCGUGUAUCCCCUACGCCCUCUUCGCCUCCGCAACCGAGGCUGCCCCGACGAGCAACACAACAGGCCCCCACGCAAGGCCAAGAACUUGAAGAUUCAGAGACAUCGGAAGAAUAUAGCGAUACGGAAGAAUCAGAUGAGUCAGAAGACUCUGACGGGUCGGAAGACUCGGAAGGUUCAGAAGAGUCAGACUUACCAGAGCUAGAGGAGGUCGGCGAGCCAGAAGGAUUACCACGGUUUCGAGCGGUUAACGUGCCAGAAGUAUCCCAGGAGUUGGAAGAGGUGGAGGCUCCAAGGGGGUUCUCCGAACUUAUUAAAGAACCAAGAACGUCAGGGGUGCCGCACUCUCCUCAGAUUUGCACCGCGCCCGAGCCACCACGAGUCCCAGAACCACAGAUCCCCGAAUAUAUCAAUCGGCAACCAUGCAAGUCCAGAGAGCGCCGGCAACCGAACCCCCAAAACCGAUUCUACCAAAUCGCCAAGAAACCUUAUCUUACCGCAGAACAUCGCAAAGCUAUCGAGGCGGGCACAAAACUCCCAGUGGAUGCGAGUACUGUUAGUAUAGAGUCAGAGCCAAUCGUAUACCAUGUCGACUUUACACCCCAAGAGAUCACCGAGAUCACAGAAAAGCUUUGGCGACCUAGGAAUGAGCGUUUAGAGCCCACUCUCGAAACCCUGAUGCAAUGGGUCAGACUAGGAGGCCAACCCUUACCUGCACCAAGCGGACGGUCUCUGCGUGACAUGAAUGCUUUUGGGGCGGAUCUGUGGGAAGGACGAGUGGCCGGAAUCCCGCGUGUCCUGUCGUUAUCCGCUGAACGUGUGAGUCAACAGACCGAGAAGCGCGAGGGUCAGUUGAGAAGGGCGAGCAGGUUCUCAUCCUUGCUCAUGGCUCGAGAGAUAUCGGGAAAUCAGGGGUUCCAGCAGACACGCCUAUACCUGAACUUUCAGCAAGAAUUUAAUACACUGCGCGAAGACGAUCUGGAGGUCGUAGCUGAAUUUACGAACUGCGCUGGAGAUGUCACCACAGGCACUUGGAUCUCCAACGGAAGUUUCCUGUGCGGUACGACAACUCACUCCGACACGCACAACCAACAAUACAACAAACCGGGAAACUUACUUAUCUGUUCGACAAGUAAAGGCACACUGCGUGCUUUUCCCGACCAUCGAAUACCGCGUCCGCGAGUCGAAAAAGGAGAGAAUUCGACAGAAGCCAUGCGGCAAAGCCAAGACCCUUGGCUCUACUCUUCGGUCGUUUCGUCCGACUACAACGUCGAGGAUGAUUUAGCCUACACCUCAAGUUUUGAUAAGACGGUCAAAAUUUGGAGGGUCGACCCUCAGGGAGUGCACAUGGAGGUCAUCGCUACAUGGCAACACACUGGCAAUGUUAACUUUGUCGCUGCUGCAAAGGACCGGUCUGGCCGGGUAGCGACAGCAGCAGACUCCCCGACUGAUGCUGUGCGAAUAUAUACGGUUAAAAAGGGGAAUGAGGCAAACAGCACGUACCAAACCUUCUCCUGCUCAAGAACUGAUGCUGAAGGGUCAGACAAGUGGGCGUAUUUCCCUGCAACGAUGCAAUGGGGAAGAGCUAAGGGCUGCCAACACUUGCUCUUGGUCGGGUACUCGCCUCGAAGCUUGACCGGGGAUGAUACGGAAAUCCCAGAAGACAAAAGAACAUCAGGAGAGAUUAUCUUGUGGGAUGCGGAACGAGGCAUGCGGAUUAAUGUGUUUACAGCUUCGACAGCCAACGUCUUCGAGGUUGCCUGGCACCCGACAUUGCAAAGCUUUAUUGCUGCAACGACACCCAAUAGCUUGAGCGUCAGCGUCCAUAAAGUCAAAACUCUAAUUCACAUCUUCCAGCGCGAUAAGGAACGUCUAGGUGGUGGUGGAUAUGCCCAGUACCAAUCGCUCGACUGCUACGCUUCCGAUAUUAAUGAACUCACGUUUGUUCCAAACUCACCUAGACACGCUUAUGUAAGUGCUGCGUGCACUGACGGCAAGGUUUACAUCUGGGAUACGGCGCAGGGUGAUAAGCCCAUCCACACGCUCUCGCAUGGAAAACCUAUCGAAGAGUACUAUGGAGAUCGUGAGAAGGAGGAUACAGGCGUCAAGUUUACGGCCUGGAACACGACUCUUGACCGUUUUUACACGGGAUCCAGUGACGGUGUAGUCAAGGUGUGGAAUAUACGUAGGCUGAGGGAGCCUUUCGUGCGAGAUAUCCUUACAGCACCAGGCCCUAUUGCUUGGGGUGGUUUUUCCCCUGAUACCUCGAAACUUGCGAUAGGCGACGCCACUGGUCGCUGCUUCAUCCUCUCUAUAGACGAUCGCGAUGCGCCGGAGUCGCACUUCAUGACUCUACCCGGCACUAAUCGGCGACUCCGCCGUCCACAACAACUAAUUCCACAUCCGGAGCCGGACCCACCCGGCACGGAACACGGAGACGAUAUGGACAUCGACACGGAGCUCGAUGAUGCCACAUACGCCCGCCGUACCUACCUCGACACCCAAUACAUUAGACUCACUAAAAACCCUGUCAUCGGUGCCGUACAAGGCCCUCAAUAUUCUGAAACUAAUCUCUUUUGCCGCGAUGCCCAUCUUAACCAAGACCCCGCCGCUCCUCUCCUUGCCGAGUUCGAGCGCUUCCAAAAGGCCAGCGAGGCUGAUAGCAUCGGUAGGCGACGGCGUUCUGUACGCCGAGUCAAGAUUCCUGCGCCGCCGGAUGAGCGUCUCAAAGCUGUGCAUGCAAAGAACAAGAAGCAGGACUUUACUCUGGAACAACUGGAGAGGGGUGAGAUAGAUAGUCUUGUGAAAGCUGGGGCGUUGUUAAGUAUUGAGGAAGACUGGGGCUUCGUGUAUGAGGAUGAAGACAUGACGAGUUCAGAUAUCAAUACUGCAUCGGGCAAUGCUAGGCUUAAUAAGAAGUAUAUAAUAUAG